AGGGCAACUUGACCUUCUCAAAAAUGGCCGCCGCGGCGCCUCUGGAAGGAACCGCUCUGGGCCCCGCCUUUGAUCUCGUUGGUGGGGCUGGGGGAUGAGAGCUACACAGCGCGGGACAAGUCGCCUGCGGCGCUCGACGGAGCAGAAAAGGAGAGAACAUGGACCUGGAGAGGAUCGUCAGUGCAGCCCUCCUUGCUUUUGUCCAGACUCACCUCCCAGAGGCCGACCUCAGUGGUUUGGACGAGGUCAUCUUCUCCUAUGUUCUUGGGGUCCUGGAGGACCUGGGCCCCUCAGGCCCCUCAGAGGAGAACUUCGACAUGGAGGCCUUCAUUGAGAUGAUGGAGGCCUAUGUACCUGGCUUCGCCCACAUCCCCAGGGGCACAAUAGGGGACAUGAUGCAGAAGCUCUCAGGUCAGCUGAGUGAUGCCAGGAACAAAGAGAACCUGCAACCACAGAGCUCUGGGGUCCACGGUCAGAUGCCCAACUCCCCAGAGCCUUUGCAGCAACCUGAAAAGCUCAAAGAAGAGAUGAGGUCUUCUCCCUCUGCUGCUGGGGAUACCCAAGAAAAGGCAGCCAGUGCUGAGGAGGAGCUGCUGCCAGGGGUAGAUGUACUCCUGGAGAUGUUCCCCACCUGCUCGAUGGGGCAGGCCCAGUGGGUGCUAGCCAAAGCUCGGGGGGACUUGGAAGAAGCUGUGCAGAUGCUGGUAGAGGGGAAGGAAGAGGGGCCUCAAGCCUGGGAUGGCCCCAACCAGGACCUGCCCAGGUGCCUCAGAGGCCCCCAAAAGGAUGAGCUGAAGUCCUUCAUCCUGCAGAAGUACAUGAUGGUGGAUAGCGCAGAUGAUCAGAAGGUUCACCGGCCCAUGGCUCCCAGAGAGGCCCCCAAGAAACUGAUCCGCUACAUCGACAACCAGGUUGUGAGCACCAAAGGGGAGCGAUUCAAAGAUGUGCGGAACCCUGAGGCUGAGGAGAUGAAGGCCACAUACAUCAACCUCAAGCCAGCCAGAAAGUAUCGCUUCCACUGAGGCACGCACCAGACUCUGCCAGGGGGAUGCAGGAGCCCUAUACCCCACACAGGGGCUUCCCUAACUUCUGUUCUCUUUCUCUGCUUCCUUGCACCACAGUGUUAACUUCUUGGAGCUGCUCAUAGUCACAGUAAAUGUGGCCCCAAGAAAGUG